UCGGCCAUUUCCGUCGACGUUCGGAUGUGUCAGUUCUCAUCCCUUCGGCUCCUCCAGGCUUCCCAGCUCCCGGUAUCUCCGGUGUUUUGCCUUCAGCCGGAUCACAUUCACCCGUGAGAUGCAGGCCAUCAAAUGCGUGGUAGUGGGAGAUGGAGCCGUGGGGAAAACCUGUCUCCUGAUUAGCUACACGACCAAUGCCUUCCCUGGUGAAUACAUCCCGACCGUGUUCGAUAAUUACUCUGCCAAUGUGAUGGUUGAUGGAAAACCAGUCAAUCUUGGUCUUUGGGACACGGCCGGUCAGGAAGAUUAUGACAGACUCCGGCCAUUGUCCUACCCUCAAACGGAUGUCUUCCUGAUAUGCUUCUCCCUUGUCAGUCCGGCUUCGUUUGAGAACGUCAGAGCGAAGUGGUAUCCAGAAGUACGGCACCAUUGUCCUAACACCCCCAUCAUUCUGGUGGGUACCAAACUGGAUCUGAGGGAUGACAAAGACACCAUUGAAAGGCUGAGGGACAAAAGGCUAUCUCCGAUCACAUAUCCCCAGGGUCUAGCCAUGGCUCGAGAAAUAGGUUCCGUCAAGUACUUGGAGUGCUCGGCCCUCACCCAGCGUGGUCUGAAGACUGUGUUCGACGAAGCUAUCCGCGCUGUCCUCUGUCCUCCCCCUGUGAAGCGACCUGGCAAGAAAUGUACAGUUUUCUGAGCACCGAUAGACUGGAAGCUGGACCAAACUCAUACCAUCUCUUUCCAAAGACGUGAUUACCCCACCAAAGCGGAACGUGGGGUGGACGGAGACCUGCAGAUGUUUUCCGUGGUUUAGUGUUUUGUGAAUGUACGGAGCAUGGGGUGGGAGGGGGAUGGGUGACACAGCGAAUCACUCGAGAGAAGGGUGACUUCUUCUAUACUUCCAGUGCGAAGUGGUGGGUCUAGACUUGUGUGACCCCCUCCGCAUGAAUAUGCGAUACCUGUCACUGUGUAUAUGACACAGCAGUAGGAUUCCUUUGGAUGAUAUAUGGACGGGUUCACCACCUGCAGUUAAACUUUACCGGGAGAGAAGGAGGGUGGUCUACCUGUGUCAUGGUGCAUUAAUAUUCACUGGCCAUCAGUUCUUUCUAUUGCAUGGGGAUAAUGUCUGGUUUUCUUGUUCGAUGUCCUGGUUACAAGAAAUCUGUAUUUAAUGUUCUCAGUCUGGUAUUAACUUGUGAGUAUAUAAACACCUUGUCGAGUCACGAUACGUUCCGGCCAAUGUACUGGAGGAUAAAAACAGUAUGGCGAAUGUACAAGCUGUUUCUAUAAAGUGGCACAGUUUAAUAUCAAUGGGUGUACUUCUAAUAACAUUUUGUAAAAAAAACAAAAAAAAACUGGCGUUCGACUUAUUGUCUCCUAUUGUCUUUUUGAUGGCAUGUGACUUGAAAUGAAAAGACUCAAAUCCCAGGA